CUACGAAAUGACACUAGAAUAAGUUUCCUUGAUGUUCAUCUUUGUGGACUUUAUAUAUUUUUGGAGAAUUUAGUUCUUGUUGGGUUGUUUUGUUGUUGUUCUGUUUCUUGCUUUUAACAUUUCUUCUCAUGUUGGUCUUGGGGAUAGAGCCAGCCCAGGGCAGUGUCGCUGCACGUCACAUAGGAUGAAGGGCUGAAGACUGCCUCCUCUUACAGGCUGGCUUCCGAGAUUGAACCUUUUCUUCUUGCUCCUCCUCCAAGUCUAUGACCCUCCAAGGCAGAGCCAACCUCUCCAGGAACCGUGACAAUGCAGCCAACGAGACAGCAAGACAUGAUGCACCAAAUAUCAUCCAGUGGACCUGUUUCUCUCAGCCCAAGCCCGCCCACUCAGUCCCAGACGAAGCAGGGACACCAUCUGCCCAGCCCCAGGAUCAUCCCCCUGAGGCCACUGGGGCUGUUCGGCCACAGCUGGCCAUUGAGAAGGAGCCACGCCGUGUCCCCCGCCUCCGGGCCUUGGUGGAGAGCCAGGCCUUCAAGAACGUUCUGGUAGAUGAGAUGGACAUGAUGCACUCUCGGGCCGCCACCCUCAUCCAAGCCAACUGGAGGGGGUACCGACUGCGGCAGAAGCUGGCCUCCCAGAUGAUGGCCGCCAAGGCCAUCCAGGAGGCCUGGAGGCGCUUCAACACCAAGCGCCUUGGGCGGUCCAGCAAGACGGGGGAGAAGAAGGUGAGCUUGGAGGACGAGGAGAACAUCCCUUACCACCCGCCGCAGCAGGUGCGCUUCCAGCAUCACGAAGAAGAGGACCUCCCCCCACAGAGCCUGCCCCUACCCCUCAUGGAGAGCAAGGAGACCCAGUUCCCUUCCACCGACCGUCUCGUCCCCUGCACCUCCGAGGAGGGCUUCCGGAAGGCCCCGGCAGCCCUGGGGUCUGCAGAGAUCAGCAUCAAGGGCACGUGUACCAUCGGAGCCCCAGGGGUCACCUUCCUCCCGCGUCAGACCAUGGCCAUCAGAAGUUCCUGCCUGGUUCGUGUGGAGGAGGACGCCAUGGCCAAGACAACACAGACCACCCCCAGAGUCAGCAAGGCCAGAGUCCCAGGGCCAACCCCUCCGAGGAGGGCUGCCCAGGCCCUUGACGGGCCCCUCAAGGGCCAGACCCAGGUCCCCAUGGAAGCAGAGGGGCCCAGAGCUCAAGCCCAGGCAUACCUGGUGGCCUCAAUGACCAGGACCCAAGGCCAGGUGUGUCCAGUGGCCUUGAUGACCAGGACCCAAGGUCAGGUGUGCCUGGCAGCCUCAAUGACCAGGACACAAGGCCAGGCAUGUCCAGUGCCCUCAUUGACCAAGACCCAAGCCCAGGUGUUCCCAGCAGCCUCAACCAAGACCCAAGCCCGGGUGUACCCGGUGACCUCAUUGACCAAGACCCAAGCCCAGGUGUGCCCGGUGACCUCAUUGACCAAGACCCAAGCUCAGGUGUGCCUGGUGGCCUCAUUGACCAAGACCCAAGCUCAGGUGUGCCCAGUGGCCUCAACUAAGACCCAAGACCAGGUGUGCCCGGUGGCCGCAACCAAGACCCAAGCCCAGGUGUUCCCAGUGACCUCAUUGACCAAGACCCAAGCCCAGGUGUGCCCGGUGGCUUCUAUGACCAAGACCCAAGCCCAGGUGUGCCCGGUGGCCACAUUGACCAAGACCCAAGCCCAGGUGUGCCCGGUGACCUCAUUGACCAGGACCCAAGCCCAGGUGUGCCCGGUGGCCUCAUUGACCAGGACCCAAGCCCAGGUGUGCCCGGUGGCCUCAUUGACCAGGACCCAAGCCCAGGUGUGCCCGGCGGCCUUAUUGACCAAGACCCAAGCCCAGGUGUGCUCGGUGGCCUCGAUGACCAAGACAUGCAUGGUGACCAUGAUGGCCAAGACCCCAGCCCCAACGCACCCAGCAGCCUUGAUGAGCAGGACCCCAGCCCCGACGUACACGGUGGCCACGGUGUCCAAGCCUCCACCCCAGGCCCGUUCAGCAGCCACAACCACCAAGGCCCCACGCCGGACACGCCUGGUAGCUGCGACAACCAAGCUUCCAGCCCAGGUGUGCCCGGUGGCCGCAACUGCCCGGACCCCGUUCCAGACGUGCCCCAUGGCCACGACAACCAGGGCUGCACCCCAGACGCGCCUGGCGGCCAUGGUGACCAAGACCCAAGCCCAGCUCCGCUCGGUGGCUACAAUCUUCAAGACCCUGUGUCUGACCCCUCCAUCAGCAGGGGGCCUCAAGUGUCCCCUCCAAGUGACCACGGCCGCCAGAACACCCAAGAGCUCGCCCCCCGAACACCAGAGAGCCCCAAAGGGAGCCAGGGCCACGGGCGGUGGCGAGGGGAAGGCCAGGUGUCCCCGCCAGCCACACCUGGAACCCAGGUCUCCCAGGGCUCUGGCUGAGCCUCGUUUGAAAGCCGAGAGAAGCAAGACUCCCCAGAAACAGGUGAAAACAGAAAUAUCCAGGACCAGUGUGGACACGGGCGCCUCCAGGGCUUCGUCCCGUGUUAAAUUAGGAGCCGAAGAGGAGCGCAAGCUCCAAACACAGAGACGUCUGGAAAUGGGCAUCGUUAAGGUUCAAUCCCAGGUGUACUUACCUGUAGAAGCUUGUGUGACUCCGAACCAGGUCCAGCCAGUCCCAGGUGUGACAUGGGUCCCAGGUCAGCCUCAGCCAGCCCCACGAGUGACCAGGGCCUCGUCCCAGGCCCAGCUGACCACCGAGGCAACCAAGCCCCUCCUGCCAGCCCGCGAGGCCACUGACCUCAGCAAAACCCAGUCGCGGCCCCACCUGGCUGAGUGCAAAGCCACCAUCCAGGCCAGCGUGCACCCCGGCACCCUGCCUCGGACCAAGGUCGACGACAGACUGACCCAGGUGCCGCUGCAUGGCCACGGGCUGGGCGAGACAACGCGGGGCCCUCACCCGGCACCCUCAGGUGCCCAGGGCCUGCUGGUGCCACUGCUGACGCCCUCCGCUCACCCCCCGUGCAACGUCGAGUCCUGGGGGGACAGUGCGGCCGCCCGGGACCAGCCGCUGACGCACAGCCAGAACGCGCUGUGCCAGGAGGAAGUGACGGCCUUCCAGCUCGCCAGCCUGUGCACGGAGCUCGCUGCCAUGCUGGGCUCACAGGAGGACCUCCAAACGCUCCUGGCCAAGGCCCUCUUGCAGGGUGAGGUGCGGGCAGCCCUGACCCAGGCCCUGGCCAAGGAGGCGCCAGAGGCUGCCAGGGCCAAGCCGCUGCCCCCGGGCAUGCUGGGCACGGCGCUGGUGAAGGCCCUGUCCUGGGGCGAGCUGGGCGUCGCGCUGUCCCGUGCGCUGUCCCGGGGUGAGCUGCGGGCGGAGCUGGCCCGUGCCUUGCAGGGCAAGCUGGCGGACGUGCUGAGCAAGGCUCUGACGGACGAGGAGCGAGCCGCCCUGCGCCAGGCCCUGUGCCAGGGCGAGCUGGGCGCCGUGCUGGGCCAGUCUCUGUCCCAGGCAGUCCUGAGGUCGGGGACCAUCCUCCCCAAGGCAGCGGCCAAAGCGGCGGGCGGCGGGAUCACCGCUGUGUCGGCUCUGCUGGAGGUGGACGGCAGGGGGCGCCCACUGGCCUCGUGGGGGCCCGGCCUGGGUCUCGUGAGACCCCAGUCUGUCAAGGUUAGAGUCCCCGAAGAUGGGUUCUGGGAGGGCUUCUCCUCGGGCCAGCUCGCCGGGCCCCUGGAGGCAUUGGGGGUCGGGGCCACGCUCGAGGGGUCACCCUGCACACCUCGGUCCUCCGGGGGAGCUCCUGCGGCCACUCAGGCCAUCCCCACCGCCCACCGGUGCCCACUGAUGUUGGAGCUGAGCCCCAUCCCCUCCUGGGGGGUCUCCUUGGGACUGUCCCUGGCCUCCAUGGUCAGCCAGGAAGACGUGUCCCCAUCCCCGUGCCCAGGCACUGGCAGCUCGGUGUCCGCGUCCCCCUCCGUAGCCAGGGACCCGGCGCCCAGCUUGCCGGAGCCCCCCAUGCUGCAGCCUCACCCCUGCCCGUGGCAGCUGCUCGUUGCCAAUGGCGCAGGCCCAAGUACCAGCCGGCCGGCCAUCUCCGGUGGCACAGCCCCGAGCUCCCCCAAGCCCCACGCAGUCAGCAGGGUGGCCCCACAGCCACAGAUGGCGUCUGGGGAGGGUAGGGGGGCGGCAGGAGGCCGGGCCUGGGGCUCGGGGGGCGGGGGGCAGGGCGCACAUCCCCACCACCCCUCCGCCAUCUGCAAUCAGACAGCUUGUUGGUGCCAGGUCACUAGGACCACCCAGGGGUCCCCGGGUGGGUAUCAUCCAUCCGUCGCCAGAGGGCCACAUCGAAUACCUGUGGUCCGCCAGGAGUCCCCCAGGAGGACUCAGGGCUCCCCAAAUUCCAGGCAAGGAUCCACGGUCCUAAGGGAGAGGGUCAGCAAGGGGUGCCCGGGCGUCCUGAAGGCCUCAGCGGGUGACAAAGAGCCCCAGAGGGCCGUGGCCCCUGGCCAGCGCUGGGCGUCCAGGAGGGAGAGCUUUGUGGUGACCGAGGUGGGACGCAGCGUGCUCCGGGCCUCCCCGGCCCCAGCUGCCACCUCCCGGCAGGAGAGGAGCCACACCUGGAUCUCUUUGUCCACCAGGCCCUGUGCCCAGCAGGUCUCUGACCACGUGGCAGCCAAGCUUGUGGGACUCGUGGCCCGUUUGCCACAGGGUGCCGAUGACAGCCGGGCCAGGGGCCUCUCCCAGGGGUCCGUGGCCUGUAGCCUGGACGAGAGCAACUCCCAGAGUUCCCUGCAGAGCUUCAGCACGCUCAGCCCCUCCACCCUGUCCGUGGCCAGCAUGGCCGCCGUGGACCUGGUGGAUGCCUGGGACAGCAGCUCGGACAGGGAGCUCCAGAUGGAGCCCCUCCUCCCGGGGGAUCCCCAGGAACCCAAGGUUGGGGGUGAGGCCCCCGAGGAUGGGUGUGCAGUGCCCAGCCUCCAGCAGCCGGCCCCAAUCUCGCACCAAGGUGCAGUGUCCAGCCAUGUGACCCUAAGUGUCCACUGGGACUCAGCCAACAGGAAAGUGGCCUCAGCGUGCAGCUCCAUGUCAAAACUCGAGGGCCUGCCACAGGCAACCCUCAGGCCUGGGCUGGUGAGAUGCUUGUCGUUAGGGGCUCUGAUCCCCAGCGGGCAGCAGCCGCCCAGUCUAGCCCAGCAACCUGUGGCCAGUAGGGUGGCUGCCCCCAGCCUGUCCCACCCAUCAGUACCCAGUGCAUUGGCCCUGAGCCUCUCCCAGCCAUGCUUGACCUGUGCAGUUACCCCCAGCCUCUCCCAGCCAGGAAUGCCCAGUAGAGCCACCUCCAGCCUGUCCCACCCAUCAGUGGCCAGUAUGGUGGUCCCCACCCUGCACCACCCAUCUAUGGCCAGUGGUGUGGCCCCCAGCCCAGCACAACCACCCAUGGCCAGCAGGGUGGGCCGUAGCCCAGCCCACCUGUCAGUGGCCAGCAGAGUGGCCUCAAGUCUAGCUUGCCCAUCAGUGGCCAGUGGCGUGGUGCCAAGCACAGCCCACCCAUCAGUGGCCAGUGGAGUCACACUCAGCCCGGCCCACCGAUCAGUGGCCCCCAGCCGAGCCCAGCCAUCAGUAGCCAGUGCGGUGUUCGAGGUCUCCUCAGACAGGCCGUGCCCCUCUGGGGUGGGGAGCCUGGGCCGGGCCCUGAGCCAGCCAUCUGUGGACACUGGGCUGGGCCCAGGUCGAGAGCCUCUGCCAAUGGGGGGGCUGGGCUCCGAGUUCAGCAGGGGCCCCCUCUGUUUGCACCAGCCUACUGGUAUCAGCAGGGAGCACCGAGCUCUGGCUGUUGGCGUGGGCCUUGGUCAUCCCCAGCUGGCCGGGGGCGUGGGUUCUCUUGCGUCCCAGAUUUCCUUGGCUGGUUCCCCUUUGACUCAAGCGUCCAUGGGGACGGGGACGGGCGCCAGCUACUCUCGGGCCUCCCUGUCCAGCGUGGGCCCCAUUACCAACAGGCCAACAUCAUCCCCUCAGGACACCGGGACGGGUUCCUCUGGGGGUUUUGAGCCGGGCGCCGUGGCCUGUGGCAUGGACCUUGGCCCGAUCGCUGCGUCUGCUGGGAAGCUCGCGAGCCUGCCCCCGGGCUUAGUCAUGAGUGGGGUGGCCCCAAACGUCCCCCCUGGGUCUCUGGCGCCUCUGAGGGCAUCGACGGCAGGGGCUUUGGGUCAGGGCCUGGCUCUGGAGUCCACGGCUAGUGGGAGCUACCUGGGUAUCGCUGCCGGAGGUGUGGCCCAGCCCCUGCCGCAGGGGUCCAUGCUGAUUGGCAUCACCCCCCGCCCUUACCAGGGGGCUCUGGCUGGGGAGCAGGGCCCCCCGUUCCAGUCGCCCCAUGCCCCUAGCCUGGUUCCGGCUCAUUCCCAGGCCCUGGAAGCCGGGGUCCCAGUUUGGGAGGUCCCCCAGGCAUCGACGGUCCUGGGAAGAGCUGCCCAGCUGGCGGAAGAGCCAGACAUGGCGCUUUUGGUGCCUGUAGACAACCAGGCUGCUUUGAAGCCACCAGAAUGGGAAGAGGUCCACAUGCUGGAUUCCGUUUCUAGCCAUUUAGCCAACCCCUCCGUGGUCCUCGCUGCCACCCCCUGGAUGCAGCACGAUCCCGCGGGGACCGGAACAGACUACGGUCCCCAGCCCCUCGAGGAGGGACCCCUGGCUGGGCCCCAGAUGGCUCUGCUGGGGGACGUGGCCCCCAUCCCUUUGCAGGCCCUGAGCCUAGCCAUGGACCCCAGGGCUGGCGGCGUCCACCGAGCUCCGCACGGGAUCCCCAUGGUGCAGCCGAGGCCUGUGCUUGGCAGAGCCAUGAGUCAGCCCCCAGCUCCCGGGGCCACGAGGGACCCCAUGUUUCUUCACCAGGGGUCCGUGCCUUAUGUGGGACCCCAAAGCCAUUCCCAGCAGACUGUGGCUUCGGCCGCGGUCCUGAGACACCCCCUGCUGUCCCAUGGGAGCCCCGUGGCACCCUAUUUGCACCAGAGCCUUCCCCCGAGUUUAGGGGCUCCCGGCUCAGCCUCCCACAUGCCACCCUAUCCACCCACGGCCAGCGGGACGGCGGAUAGUGGUUUACAGAUGGACACCACUGCCAGCGUGCUCCAGAGGCCUGUGGCCGGGGCCUCAGCCCAGGACAGGUACAAGGCCCUGGAUCCCCAAAAAUCCUACAGGUCCGUGCAAGGAAGCCUCGUUUCAGAGAUGCUGGAGGGCUCUGGGCACACACUCGUGCCCCCCCAGCAGCCCCCGUUGGUGCAGGGAAGCCCCGAACGCCCUGAGGGCACACAGCCCCUGGGGGUGGCCGUGCAUGGGUCCCCCAUCCCCAGGCUGGCCCCGGGCAUCCACAGGGUGUCUCUGGGCUACGAGUCAUCGCCAAGCAGCUUCCUGAGGACCCUCCUCGACCAGGAGUCGCGGCCGGGGUCCCUGGUCUCUACCCACGGCGUGGCAGCCCCCGCGGGCGACCGCCAGCUGCCCCUGACCCCCGCCGUGCCUGCUGUGGUGGGUGGCGCGUGGGGGCUGGCCGGGCCGUGGGACGCCGUGGGGGACACAGCGCCGGCGGCAGAUCCCACAUGGUCGGGGGCCUUGUUGGCGUCCCUGCAGGUGGUGGAGGAGGUCAUCGUCCGCGCCGUGGUCACCAUCCAGGCACACGCCCGCGGCUACCUCGUGCGCCGCACCAUUAGGAUCUGGCACCGGAGCGCCACCGUCAUCCAAGCGGCCUGGCGUGGCUUCCACGUGCGCCGCAGCAUCACGCAGCUCCAGGGGGCCGCCGUGGCCAUCCAGGCCGUGUGGCGCGGAUACUGCACCCGGCGCCGGCACCCCGCGGCCUCGCUACUGCCGCCCGCCUGGGCCGGGAUGCCGCCCGGGCACCGCUGCUUCCAGUCGUGCCAGCCGCAGGUCUGCGGCCUGUGCCGCUCGCUGAGCGCGGGGCUGGGCAGCCCCCCGAGCGUGGUGCUGCUGGUGGGCUCCAGCCCCCGCACCUGCCACACCUGCGGCCACAGCUGGCCCACGCGGGUGGUGCAGGGCACGGGCCGCGCCCCCCCCGCCGGGCCCCCGCCAUCCCCCGCGCUCCCGCCCCGGCACCGUGCGGCCGUCGCCAUCCAGGCCGCGUGGAGGGGCUUCUGGACACGCCAGCGGCUGCGGCAACAGCAGGCAGCGGCCAGGACGGUGCAGGCAAACUGGCGAGGCCACUACACCCGCUCCUGCCUCACCACGGACGCGCUCCUGGGGCCCGGGGAGGCCUGCAACGGCCCCCGACACGUGCAGUGGCCUAGUUUCUAGGCCCGGCUGCGCAGGGGACGUGGCCCACGAGCCGGAAUAAAGUCCUCCGAGCCUGA